AUCUUACAUCCAAAACCAAAAGUAAAUAUGGCAAAGUCUCUUCUCAUGGUCAUGCUUGUAUCCAUUGUAAUGUUUUACAUGGCUCGUCCAAGUUUUUCCCAGGAGGUACAUGAAGAUGUAGUCAUAUCUCCAACUCCAUUCGAAGAAGCUAAUUCACCCGCAAUGGAAUAUGACAUGAAGCUUCCCCAUUACUCGCAAAAAGAGAUUGAUUUUCUUAAGGCUUGCGCUGAAAAGCCGAGCUCCAUAUGCGGAGGUGAGAUUUUCCAGAACGUGUUGGAUGAGAAAAACCUAGUGACAGAUGAAUGUUGUCGUGAUAUAUUGAAGAUUGGCAAAGAUUGCCAUCUCGGAUUGAUUAAAAUCAUAUUCUCGUCGUAUGAGUAUAAAAAUAUUGCAUCUAUUCCAAGAAGCAAACAGACAUGGAACGAUUGUGUCCGUAGAGUUGGGAGCAAGAUUGGUGCUCCGGUCUCUUUUGAAACACUAAACUAAUAUUUCCUUGUGUCGAAGUGUCUAUGUGUUUUUGUGAUUUGAAUGUUACCCUUAUAUAACAACUACCAUUUUUUUUAAGUAACAAAGAAACUAGAGCCAU